GCUGGGCUUGUCGAUGCCCUCAUAAAAUCGAUAAUUAGGCUGUGGCCACAGGCGAGAGGACCGCAAUUAGCUCGUCUCGAUUUAUACGGUAAUUUGCUGCUAGUUAAAUCGGAGAUUGCCCCUUCCAAAGACAUAGUCGUUGAAAGUCUAAAAUCUUUCCUUCAAGCUUUCGAUUCUAAGCCAGUGUGUCCUUAUGAUAUCGCUUAUUUGCUUCCCAUCCUUCUUCCCCAUGAUGAGGACCGCUGCAAAUUUGUAAGGGACCUUGUCCUCACUGCCAAGGCUUGUGUAAAUACAUCAACGAGAGGUGAUGCUAAAAUAAUCUAUCGUUGCUUAUGUGCCUUCAACAUAGCCCGAGCUAAUAAUAUCCUUGAACCUUUGGUCACCAUCACUGAUCUUCUACAUUAUACAUUUUAUCAUUCGGCCGAUAGUUCUCUCAAUACUCUCACAAAUAAGCCUAGCUAUUUGGAAACUCUAAAAAAAGAUAACGAAACCAAAUGGCCAAUUGAAGAAAAACCAAUGGAACUGAUGCCCCAAGAUGGAUUCCUUCUUUUGGCAACCUCGCUUUUGCUUGAUCUCCUCAAAAGACUACUAUGUAAGCCGUUUGAAAUAUAG